CGCAGUGUGAUUGGCUGGAGCAGAGCGGUGGCCGCCCCGACGCGUGCUGGCCUCGCCCCCUGGCUGUCGGGCCCGGCUCCCGGCCGCCGGAGCUCGGUGGUUUCUGCGUCUGCGCCGCCCGCAGCAGCAGCCGCAGCCAUGGCGGGAGAGGCCUCCCCGGAGCCCGACACCGCCGAAGUGUUGCCGCAGCACAAGUUCGACAGCCGGGCCUUAGAGGCCUACCUAAACCAUCACUUGCCCGGCUUUGGGGCCGAGCCCGAGGCCAAGCUGACCAUUGCCCAGUACAGAUCAGGACAGUCCAAUCCAACCUUUUAUCUCCAGAAAGGCUCUCAAGCCUAUGUACUCAGAAAAAAACCACCUGGUUCACUACUUCCUAAAGCACAUAAGAUUGAUAGAGAAUUUAAAGUCCAGAAAGCUUUGUUCUCAGUUGGAUUCCCCGUUCCCAAAACUUUAUUGUACUGCAGUGAUCCUUCUGUCAUUGGAACAGAAUUUUACAUGAUGGAACAUGUGCAGGGUCGAAUCUUUCGUGAUUUCACAAUUCCUGGUGUUAGCCCAGCAGAACGGUCAGCCAUAUAUGUGGCCAUGAUAGAAACCUUGGCUCGGUUACAUUCCUUGAAUGUACAGUCAUUGCAGCUGGAAGGAUAUGGUAGAGGUGCUGGCUACUGCAAAAGACAGGUAUUAACCUGGACAGAGCAAUAUCAAGCUGCAGCUCAUCAGGACAUCCCUGCCAUGAACCAGCUAUCUGACUGGCUAAUGAAAAACUUGCCAGAUAAUGACAAUGAAGAAAAUUUGGUUCAUGGAGAUUACAAACUAGAUAACAUUGUUUUCCACCCUACAGAGUCUCGAGUUAUAGCUGUAUUGGAUUGGGAGCUUUCAACCAUUGGUCAUUCUUUGUCAGACUUAGCUCAUCUCUCUCUGUUCUACUUUUGGCCAAGGAGCGUUCCAUGGAUAAACCAAAAUUCUAAUUUUCAAGAAAACAAAGGGAUACCAUCAAUAGAAGAACUGAUUUCAAUAUAUUGCCGCUGCAGGGGAAUUAACUCUGUUCUUCCUAACUGGAAUUUCUUUCUUGCCCUUGCAUAUUUUAAAAUGGCUGGAAUAGCACAGGGUGUAUAUAAUAGAUAUCUUCUGGGAAAUAAUGCAUCUGAGAAUAGCUUUCUGUUUGCCAAGAUUGUGCAACCUCUGGCAGAAACUGGAUUACAACUCUCAAGAAAAACUUUCAGUACUAUACCACCACAAAUUGGUACUUCCCCACAGUUGUUUGCACAGAGUAAGACUGGCCAGGAAGUUCUUGCUAGGGUGAAGCAUUUCAUGAAACAACACAUCCUUCCAGCUGAAAAGGAGGUAGUUGAGUUCUGUGUUCAAAAUGAAAAUUCAAUGAACAAAUGGAAAAAACCUUUAGUGAUUGAUAAACUUAAGGAAAUGGCUAAAGCAGAAGGCCUCUGGAACUUGUUUUUGCCAGCUGUAAGUGGUCUCAGCCAGGUGGACUAUGCCUUGAUUGCUGAAGAAACAGGAAAAUGUUUUUUUGCUCCAGAUGUCUUUAACUGCCAAGCACCAGACACAGGGAACAUGGAAGUGCUCCACCAAUAUGGAAGUGAAAAGCAAAAGCAGCAGUGGCUCGAGCCUCUUCUUCAAGGGAACAUUGCCUCCUGCUUCUGUAUGACAGAGCCCAAUGUAGCUUCAAGUGAUGCCACAAACAUUGAAUGUAGCAUCCAACGAGAUGGAGACAGCUAUGUAAUUAAUGGCAAGAAAUGGUGGAGCAGUGGAGCUGGAAAUCCAAAGUGCACAAUUGCAAUUGUUUUGGGAAGAACUAAAAAUGCCUCUGCAACCAGAUACAAACAACACAGCAUGGUUCUUGUUCCUAUCAACACACCUGGUGUAGAAAUAAUAAGGCCUUUGUCAGUUUUUGGCUACAUAGAUAAUUUCCAUGGAGGACAUUUUGAGAUCCAUUUUAAUCAAGUACGAGUUCCUGCCACCAAUUUAAUACUAGGUGAAGGUAGGGGAUUUGAAAUUGCCCAAGGCCGCCUUGGGCCUGGCAGGAUCCACCACUGUAUGAGAACAGUAGGUCUGGCAGAACGGGCUUUGCAGAUUAUGUGUGAUCGAGCAACACAAAGGGUGGCCUUUAAGAAGAAACUGUUUUCACAUGAGGUUGUGGCUCACUGGAUUGCUGAAAGCCGCAUUGCCAUUGAGAAGAUACGUCUGUUGACCCUGAAAGCCGCCCACAGCAUUGACACUUUGGGCAGCGCUGCCGCUAAGAAGGAGAUUGCAAUGAUUAAAGUGGCUGCCCCUCGGGCUGUCUGCAAAAUUAUUGACCGGGCGAUCCAAGUAUGUGGAGGUGCAGGCGUUUCCCAGGAUUUCCCUCUGGCUAAUAUGUAUGCCCUAACUCGGGCUCUGCGCUUAGCAGAUGGGCCUGAUGAAGUCCACCUCUCAACAAUCGCAGCAAUGGAGCUGCGGGACCAAGCCAGAAAUGCGAAGUCCAAGAUGUAGGGGGCGGCGGCGUCUCACCAGACACUUCACCGGCUCUGGCAUUUGUGCCUUUUUCCAGCUUUGCACCAGUGUGAGCACAGGCUUAAUUACUCAUGUUCAGUAAAGAUCUGAGCAUCUGUUUUGAUCAUUGGGUAUUAUAAUUUCAAGGGUCACAAAGGUUUAAGUUAAAUAAGAAAUUCUAUAGCUGCCAUCAUUUAGCCUAUUACCAUGUGUUAGGCUUUAUUUUUCAAACACUCAACUUGUAAAGAAAUAAUGAAGUAAACUAGAGAGCUAAACCAUAGGCAUAAACAUAUCUUCACUUACUGAUUCCCAAGAAUUGUUCCAUUUGAGUAAAUAUUCAAGGAGUUAUUGCUUGUAUAAACUAUGGUGGGCUUUAAGGGAUAGUUGAACACUUUGUAGUACUACCAUAUUUGCACUGGAGAAAGACAUGUGGCUGAUAGAAUCACUUUAGAAUUCAAAGAAGCCUCUUCCUAAUUCAACAGAAAGCAUUUAUACAUAAAAUCUGAUACAGUUUCAAGUUUGCUAUAAAACAUGCAUAGGGAUUCCUGGGUGGCGCAGCGGUUUGGCGCCUGCCUUUGGCCCAGGGCGCGAUCCUGGAGACCCGGGAUCGAGUCCCGCGUCGGGCUCCCCGUGCAUGGAGCCUGCUUUUCCCUCUGCCUGUGUCUCUGCCUCUCUCUCUGUGUGUGUGUGAGACUUUCAUAAAUAAAUAAAUAAAUAAAUAAAUAAAUAAAUAAAUAAAUAAAUAAAUAAAUAAAUAAAUAAAUAAAUAAAUAAAUAAUAAAGCAUAUUAUGAAAAAAUAUUAAGAAAAAUUUUAAUUAUGUAUACUGUGUUGAUGAGAACAGUGGGUAGUUUAAGCUACAAAAAGUUCUUUAAUUUUGAGAAGACCUUACAAACUGUCUUCUCAGAAUUCCACCCCGUUAAUAUCAACCUCCUAAGUAAACAUCCUCAUAUCUCUUUAAAUCAGUGCUGCCCAACACAAUGGCCACUGGCCACAUGUGACUCUUGGGCACUUUAAUUCUGCCUAGUGCAACCGAGGAACUUUUGAUUGUUGAAAAUUUUAAUUAAAUACUGAUUCUUAACUCAGUUUUUAAGUAUGCUUGCAAUAACUUGGGUAUGCGAAUUGACUUUAUCAAAUGUAAAUUUUCUGAAGUCUAAAUACAGUAUUUUGGCAGAAAAUUUAGCAUCCAAAUUAAGAAACAGAGUAAGUGUAAAAUGCAAACCAAAUUUUGAUGACUUAGUAUGAAAAAAAGGUAAAAUAUCUCAGUACUUUUUAAGUAGUGAUUACAUAUCGAAAUGAUAAAAUGCAAAUAUAAGGCAUACCUUGUUUUAUUGUGCUUCACUUUUUGAACUUCUUAUAAAUUAAAGGUUUGUGGCAACUCUGCAUCAAGCAAGUCCAUGCCAUUUUUCCAACAGCAUUUGCUCACUUCAGGUCUCUGUGUCACAGUUCAAUAAUUCUUUCAGUAUUUCAAAGUCAUCCAUUAUUAUUACAUUUGACCUGCUGCAAUCUCAUGAUUAAACUGGAAUGGAUGAGGUGUUGCUUCUUAUGGAUGGGCAAAGAAAGUUGUUUCUUGAGGUAAAUCAAGAUGCUGUGAAAAAAAAAAAAAUCAAGAUGCUGUGAAGAUUGUUGAAAUGACAGAUUUAGAAUAUUACAUUAACUUAAUUGAUAAAGCAGCAGUAGGAUUUCAGAGUUUUAACUCCAAUUUUGAAAGAAGUUCUCCUGUGGGUAAAAUGCUAUCAAAUAGCAUCACACACUACAGAGAAUUAGUUCAUGAGGAAAAGAGUCAAUUCAUGCAGCAGACUUCAUUGUCCUAUUUUAAGAAAUUGCCCCAGCCAUUUCGAACUUCAGCAGCCACUCCCCUGGUCAGUGAGCAGCCAUCAACAUCGAGGCAAGACCCUCUACCAGCAAAAAGACUCACUGAAAGUUCAGGUGAUCGGGACGCCUGGGUGACUCAGCAGUUGAGCGUCUGCCUUUGGCUCAGGGUGUGAUCCUGAUCUUGGGAUCGAGUCCCACAUCAGGCUCCCUGCAAGGAGCCUGCUUCUCCCUCUACCUGUGUCUCUGCCCCUCUCUGUGUAUCUCUCAUGAAUAAAUAAAUAAAAUCUUAAAAAAAAAAAAAAGUUCAGGUGAUGGCUAACAAUUUUUUUUUAAAGAUUUUAUUUAUUUAUUCAUGAUAGUUACACAGAGAGAGAGAGGCAGAGACACAGGCAGAGGGAGAAGCAGGCUUCACGCACCGGGAGCCUGACGUGGGAUUCGAUCCCGGGUCUCCAGGAUCGCGCCCUGGGCCAAAGGCAGGCGCCAAACCGCUGCGCCACCCAGGGAUCCCAACAAUUUUUGUUAGCAAUAAAGUUUUUUUAAGUAAUCGCUUCACCCAACGUGGGGCUCAAACUCUCAAACCUGAAAUCAGAGGUCCCAUACUCCACACACUAAACCAGCCAGGCAACCCUAAAGCAUUAAUUAAGGUGUUUACACUGUUGUUUUAGACAAUGGUUAUUGCAUACUUAAGAGUACAGUAUAGUGUAAAUAUAACUUUUAUAUGCACUGGGAAACCAGGAAAUUUGUUUGAUUUGCUUUUUUGCCACAUUCACUUUAUUGUGGUAGUCUGGAGCCAAUCCUGCAGCAUCUCUGAGGUAUGCCUGUACUGAAUUAAAAUUUAUUAUUAAACUUAA